CGAGGAGCAUUGGAGAAAGAUGCGGAGGAUUAUGACGGUGCCUUUUUUCACUAAUAAGGUGGUGCAUCAGUACGUGUACAGGUGGGAGGACGAGGUGGCAUGCGUGGUGGAGGACGUGAAGAAGAAUCUAGAGGUGGCGAGGAGUGGGAUUGUGUUGAGGAUGCGGUUGCAUCUGAUGAUGUACAACAACAUGUACAGGAUCAUGUUCGACAGCAGGUUCGAGAGCGAAGACGAUCCAUUGUUUGUGAGGCUCAAGGGCCAAGGUUUUGAAUGGCGAGAGGAGUAGAUUGGCGUAGAGCUUUGAUUACAAUUAUGGGGAUUUCAUACCCAUCCUCAGACCAUUCCUAAGAUGUUAGAAAAUAUGAAAUAGUAGAAGAAUAAAAGAAUUGUUCUGAA